AUAUGUGCAAUGGCAAAAAUCUAAAUGGUUUUAAAAAUAGGAUUCAUUUUCUUUGUUAUUUUUUUAUUUUAUUUUAAUAGUUGUUAGUUUUUACUCAUCACAUUCCUCUCAGCCUUCCAUUUCAAGACACCAGCCUUCUGUCACCUUUCAGGAAAACUAGAGAAUUAGGUUCUUCAGAGCUACAGUUUAGAAGGGUUUGUAUUUGGCUCAGAUGCUGUCUUUCAGGGUGUAGAAAAUAUGGCUCCCCUGUUAUCUCCCUGUCCCCACAUUUCUGUCAGUGAAGGGGGUGUAUUAGUUUCUUUUCAGUGAGACUACUGUCUACCAUAGCCAAAAGUUUCUUUCUGCAGAAUUUUUAAACUUGGGGUCAAGAAAAUCUUCACUUGUUUCGUUGGCUGCAGCUUAAAGCCGUCAAUGGCAUAGCUAUUCAUAACAUAGGCUAUCUAGAGCUGGAUGUAGAGGAUAAAAUGAUACCUAAAUGGGGGGUGCUUAUUGUUAAGGAUUUCCCAGGUACCUCCCCUCUGGUUUCAAGUGUUUUAGGCAUGAACAUCAUUCGAGUGUUAUAAUGAACUGUUUGAUCAGCAUGUGCCAGAACUCUUUAAAGUAGCUUUAGUGCUGGAAGCCCCUAACCCCUGGCAAAAAGCUCUGCAGAAAUGGCAUCAAGUUCAAGUUCCCCCCUUAAAUUACUCAGGUCGAGUAAGGGUUUGUGGGGUAGGCGCUUUUGUGUCCCGGGUGGCACAAUAAAAUUUGUACCUGCCACUGCCCGUAGUCAGUGUAGGCCUUGUUGGUUUUGAACUUUACCCACAAACUUCUUGGUACUAUUAGUUCAGUACCUGUUGUGAAUUUACCGCUAUUUAUCAAGGAACUCCUGUCAAAUGUGCAGGCCACAGUUACCUCCCAAAUAGCUACUAGCUCUGUACAGGAGAUGGUAAAUUAAGAUGACUUGUAUACACUUUUUAUUGAGGAACAGAGUCAGGUAAGGGCCCUGUGAUGCAAGUAUUAUUUUAUGGUCUCUGAACUCACAUGAUAUUCCUUUAGUCGACGAGGUGCCAGACAGGCAGCAUUAUUGGUGCAUCCCUCCAUCAGAAUAUGAUGCUGUGUAGGCCCAUAUUAAUCAGCUGUUAGAAAUGCAGGUUAUAUGAGAAAGUAGCAGCCCCUAUGCAUCUACCAUUGUCUUGGUGAAGAAAAAGGAUGGUAGCCUGCAUAUGUGUGUUGAUCAUUGGCAACUAAGCAGUAAGACAAGGAAGGAUGCAUUGCCCUUGCCAAGGAUUGUGGAGUCCUUAGAUGCUCUCUCUGGUGCUAGGUAGAUCACCAUAGUGGACCUUGCUCUUGGCUACAACCAAGAGCCAGUAACGGAGAAGAAUUAGAUGAAGACUGCCUUAUUCAGUCUUCAUCUAAGAAGCGAUCUAUCUACAGGAGCCUGCAGUUGUGUGUAAGUGUGUUUAUUUUCAUUGUUUUACUUUGUUGUGAGUGGUAUUCAUUGCUAGACUUGUGCUGUUCAUUUACUGUCUUGAACUGUCGCUUAAAUGUGUGUUGGUGUGUGUGUGUGCUAUAUUGUUUUGACUUGUCCCAGGGUAUUCACUGCUAGAUUUAGAAUUGGUUGUCCAGUGUGUGUGUAAAACUAUUGUUGUUUUUAGUGUCUAUAAACUGUGCUUCACUUGCUUUAGAGUAUUAUUUAUUGCGGCAUAAUUUAUUUGCGGUGUACUGAAGUUGCAUUUGUUCCCACGUUUGUCACCUCGUGCAACCCUUAGUUUCGGUUGUCCACGUGACUAGCUUUGUUGUGCUAAGUAGCAUUAAGGCGUGUCCUGCUUUUUUUCACUGAACGGCUCUUAACAUCGUGUAUAUAUUUGACUUGAAUGCUGACGCAGAAGCAGCAGCCCUCGUGUAAAGCCCUCCUCGUGUGAAGACCUACUUGUGUAAAGACCAGCGAGUCUACCUGUGGAAGUCCACUGAGCAAGGACACAGACAAGGCGCCACUCACCAUAGCACUUAAGUAUCUUUUACUUUUAUCACUUUUCUUUUUUUUCCUUCCACAUACUAACAUGUCUACUUCACGAGUAACAUAUGCCUUCAAGCACAUCCCUGUUAUCUGUUACAGACCGUUUACACGAUAUCGAUGCAACACCAAACGCAACCCACACAACCUACGGCCACUUUGCACUUCAGCACCUGCUCCAUUCUCUUUCUCAUUGGGACUCUGGAACUGCCAGUCAGCUGUAAACAAACCUGAUUUCAUUCCAGCCUUUACCACACAGUCCACCCUCAGCAUCCUGGCACUGACAGAAACAUGGAUACGUCCAAAGGAUACAGCAACACCUGCUGCUCUCUCCAACAACUUCUCCUUCUCUCACACCCCUCGACACACCGGUAGGGGUGGGGGAACAGGUUUGCUCAUUCAUAACAACUGGACUUUUUCACCAUACUCUUCACUAUGUAACAAUACUAGUUUUGAAUUCCAUGCUAUUACUACAAUGCAACCCACAAAAAUCCAUGUUGUUGUCAUCUAUCGCCCUCCAGGUGACCUGACAAACUUUCUUGAGGAGUUGGAUGUCCUGCUGUCCUCUUUGCCGGAGGGCGGUAGGCCACUUGUGGUUCUUGGUGAUUUCAACAUACACCAAGACCAGCCCUGGGCCAUUGAACUGAAUUCUCGUCUGGCCUCAUUUGACUUGGAAAGAGUACACACCACAGCAACUCACAGACCGGGCAACCAGCUGGACUUCAUUUUUACACGUAACUGUACCAACUCAAAUAUUCUUGUUACUCCUCUACAUGUCUCUGAUCACUACUUUGCUCAAUUCAAAAUGACUCUCCCAUCUACAUUAAAACAGACUCCACCUUUGGUUUCCUUUCGCCGUAACCUCCGUUCUCUUUCACCCUCACACCUUUCCAUUGCUGUCUCUACCUCUCUUCCCACACUAAAUGUAUUUUCCAUGCUUGAUGUAAACACUGCCACAGACACAUUAAGCUCUACUUUAACAACCUGUCUAGACAACAUCUGCCCCAUCUCCUCUAGGCCAGCACAUACUACACCACCCAGCCCCUGGCUGUCUGAUGUCCUUCGUGAACGUCGGACUGACCUCAGGGCAGGAGAGGAGAUGGCGGAAAUCUAAAGAUCCAGCAGAUCUAGGCCUCCCUGAAUGUGCAAUUAGACCCCUGCAAAUGAUCCAGAAUGCAGCAGCAUGUCUAGUCUUUAAUGAACCACAGAGAGCGCAUGUUACACCACUCCUCAUCUCUCUCCACUGGCUGCCGGUUGAUGCACGUAUCAAAUUCAAGGCUCUGAUGCUGGCAUAUAGAACAGUCACUGGGUCUGCUCCAGCAUACCUAAAAUCAUUUAUGUAGAGCUACGCGCCCACUAGAAGCCUGCGGUCGGCUAAGGAACGUCGCCUUGUUAUACCAACACAAAGAGGCACCAAAACACUUUCCCGGACUUUCAGCUUCAUCGUACCACAUUGGUGGAAUGACCUUCCCAACUCCAUCCGUGAAGCUGACUCACUCUCUGUUUUUAAAAAAUGAGUAAAAACACAUCUUUUCCAUAUAUAUAUAUAUAUAUACACACAUACACUCACUGAGCACUUUAUUAGAAAUUCUAUGGUCCUAAUAAAUUGCCAGACGUGGUCUUCUGCUGUUGUAGCCCAUCUGCCUCAAGGUCUGACGUGUUAUGCAUUCUGAGAUGCUAUUCUGCUCACUACAAUUGUACAGAGUAGAUAUGUGAGUUACUGUAGCCUUUUCGUCAGCUCAAACCAGUCUGGCCAUUCUCCGUUGACCUCUCUCAUCAACAAGGCUUUCCCGUCCGCAGAAUUGCUGCUAACUGCAUAUUUUUUGGCACCAUUCUGAGUAAACUCUAGAAACUGCUGUGCAUGAAAAUUCCAGUAGAUCAGCACUUACAGAAAUACUCAAACCAACCUGUCUGGCACCAACAAUCAUGCAAUUGUUGAAAUCACUGACAUCACUUUUUUUUUUUCCCAUUCUGAUGGUUGAUGUGAACAUUAACUGAAGCUCCUGACCCAUAUCUGAAAGAUUUUAUGCACUGCACUGCUGCCACAGGAUUGGCUGAAUAGAUAAUUGCAUUAAUAAGUACAGGUGUUCCUAAUAAAGUGCUCAUUGAUUUUGUGUGUGUGUGUGUGUGUGUGUGUGUGUAUGUAUAUAUAUAUAUGUAUGUAUGUAUAAAUGGGUCAGUGACGUGAUGCAAAUGUAUAAAUAAUUCUAAUAAAUAAUUCAAAAAUACAUCACAAAUUCAAUUCACUUAAAACAGUUACUUGAAUACAC